AUGAAUAUAAAAUGGAAGAAAAAGCCUCUAAAUUUAUUAUUUUACAAAUAAAUUUAUUAAUAUAGAUUUUUCAUAUUUCACUUUAGUUUGCUCAACCAAAUAUAAAUAAGGUAUAUCUAUAUACUAAAGAAUUAUCAGCGUUAAAUUCAAUAAUACUGCACCAUUAAAUACAAUUUAUCAAGCUAACUAAAAUAAUAGGAAUAUAAAGAAAAACUAAGCUAAGAAAAAUUUUAUUUAAAAGCAAAGUAUGUUGGUAAACAUAACUAGAUAUCUCAAUUAAAAAAAAUAAUAAAAGAAUUUAAUUUUCUGAUACCAACGCCUAGAAAUAAAAUUUAUGUUAUUCAAUUAAAUUACCACUUUUAGAAAGUUAAGCAAUUAAUAUAAUAGAUUCCACAAAUCACUGACUGA